AUGCAGAGCAUACUUUCCAGCAGCAUGCAGGUAGACUCUCCUCCUCCCUUGAACCCUCCAAGAAGCUCGGUCGAGGUGAGCGAGAUGCUGUCCAAGACUGUCCUCGUGGACUAUGAGGGCGAGAAAGACGACGAGGGACGCAUGUCAGGCAACGGCAAGGCGUCGUUGCAUCAGGGGUUGUCGUACGAGGGGGAGUGGAAGCAGGGACUGAUGCACGGGAGUGGGAGCCUGCAGUGGAAGGAUGGAACCACGUACAGAGGACCGUUCGACCACGCGAAGCUGGUGGGGAAGGGGCAGCUGCGAUGGCCGGGGGGCCACGCGUAUGACGGAGAGAUGCUGGACGGGUACAGGCACGGCAAGGGGAAGCUUGUCAUGACCGACGCCAACGAGCUGGAUGAGAGCGCGGUGACCACGUAUGAUGGGGAGUGGAGGUACGGCAAGCGGCACGGGCAUGGUGUGCUGUCCUACGACAGCGACGGCAAGCAGAGGUACGACGGUGAGUGGAGGAAUAACCUGCGACAUGGACGGGGGACCAUGUUGUACAAGUCCGGCAACCAGUAUACAGGCUACUGGAAGGACGGGUACCCGCACGGGCGCGGGCAGAUGAUCUGGAACUCAAACGAGAUCUACACGGGGGAAUGGGAGGACGGGAAGCAGCAUGGGCAGGGGGAGCACAUCUGGAUCAUGGAGGGAACGAACAGCAUCAACUUCCAGACGUUCAACCGAUACGUGGGUCAAUUCGAGAAGGGGAAGCGACACGGGCAAGGACGAUUUGAAUACGCAGAUGGAACCGUCUAUGAGGGAGGAUGGAACGAGAACCACAAGGAUGGCUUCGGCAAGUACUUGUAUCCUGAUGGAAGAACGUACGCGGGCAGUGUAGCCCAAGACAAGCUGCCGGACAAGAAGAUCAAGAGCACCUCUCAUGACUUCAUCCUCUACAUCUCCGACCUUCUCGAGGAUGACAGCAACCCUGAGCUCGAGCUGAGAAAGAUCAAGAAUCUGUUUGUGAAGCACGCGACGGAGCUGAAGCAGAUUUUCCGCUCCUACUCGCAGAUAGAAGAAGCCAAGCCCUUGGGAAGCUUUAAAACCACAUCUCAAGGAAGCAGCUCGAGCAUCGCGACGAAGAUGACCAACAGCAAGGAGCAAGAGGUGGAGAACUCGUUUGCGAUGAAGAUGAUCGACUUUUGGAAGUUUGCCAAAGACUGUCGACUGCCAGACAACAAGUUGAACUUGGCAGAGAUCGAUCGCAUCUUUAUGCAGAUCGACCCGACGGCCGGCAGCACUAUCGGAGAGGCGAAUCGCAAGAGGAAGAUGAUCUACCGUCAGUUCCAAGAGGCUCUCGUCCGCCUCGCCAACUUCAAGAUCCCGCAUGCUCUGCGAGUGAGCGACCGACUCGCCCAGCUGCUGACCCACUACAUCCUUCCCUUGGCCGGCAGGGAGAGCAAGGAUGACCUUCCCAAGAAGUUGGACGACCCUGUCUGCAAGGUAGUGACCAAGGCCUUCGAGCCCCGCAUGAGGAAGCGAUUCCAAGAGGAGAGCAAGGCGAGGGGCCGAGACUUCCUCUACCUUUGCGAGGUGCUCGAGCUCUGGCUCAAGGACAACGUGAUUGUUAGCAGCAGCGAGUUUCCUGAGGUUGUCCGCCUCUACCACAGCUCCCUCUACGACAGCUACGAGCAGGUAGAGGGCAACAAGCGCAACCUUGACGCCUGUCUGACCUACGACGAGUACGCUGAGCUUCUCUUCCGGCUGGCAGAUCACCAUACUGGAUACCCAAACAAGAUCAACUUCCCAGAGACUCUGGAGAAUUUUCUCCUCCGAUUUAUGCCGGACGUGCAUGUCUCGAAGGAGCUCAAGGCGGCUGCAUUUCGCCCUCCUCCGCAGAGCUUCUCGCGAGGAAGUUUCUCACGUGCACCCAGCGGGAUGUCUCGGUCGAGCUCUAGAGCUUCUUUCAGCUUCUCACGCGUCAGUUCAGCUGGCAACCUGGUGGCAGGGCUGGCGAGACGUUCGAUGAGCAUCAAACGAGUUCCGUCGAAAUGA